AUGCAUCCGCCUCAGCUACAAAAGACGUUGCUGGAAUGUGCCAGAUUCAAAAAGCCGGACAGCGCUUUCCUUCCCACUCCCAGUGAAUGCAAGGCGUUCCAAGCGCGUCUCCGUGACAUUACCAAAGACAUGCCGGAGGAGGAGCGUCCGCUUAUUGCGUUCAUGGGACUGGAUCAAGACAUCGAAUUUGUCGAUUGUGCUCUGGGAAAAGUCCCCAAAGGCUGCCCGCUGUCCUAUCACUACCCGUUACCUUCCGACAAGGAUUUCCAACCCCAUGAUGACGCACCUCCGCAGCCCUGUCUCCCACUACAAAGCCAAACGGUUCCACACUGCGACAUCCCCAUGCUCUUGGCUAAUGAGAGAGAUUUCUUGAACAAGAUGACCUUAACAUGGGAAGCCGCCUACUAUCUGGAAAUCUCUACGCGCCAACAAGAAGACUUUAGCCAAGAGGUGCAAAAUGGUCGCUUGGUCGGAUGGUUCGCAGACCUAUUCCUCCUCAAAGACAAAGAUGAUAGCGGCGAACGUCUGGCCUUGAAGAUUAAACGCCCCAAACGCGUGGGCAAGCAAGCCACAAUUGAAAAGGAGGAGCGCAUCGAAGUCUUGCGAGAAUACUGCCGUCUUACGAACAAGAACUGGUACCCCUGCGGAUUAGCGGUGCAUCCGAACGCUCCGUGGCUCGCGGCGAGUCCAGACGGGUUGAUCUACGACCCCUCGGAGGACACCGCGUUCGGGAUCAUUCACGUGAAGCACGUGCCUCUGCCCACCUUCAGUUCAAGCAAGUUGGUGUCGGUGAAGGAGGGCGCGCUGCACGUGAACACGAGGAGUGCGGUCUACAGGCGUAUUCAGGGCGAGCUGCUGGUGACGGGAACGCUGUGGUGUGACCUGCUGUUGUGGACCACAGACUACAUGCUGAUCCAGCGCAUCUACAGAGACGCAGACGUCAUCGACACGCUCAAAACCAAGUCUGACAAGUUCUUUUUUCAAUACUACCUGCCCAGUCUGUGCCCAAGAGAGGAGCUGCCGAACCAGAAUGAGAAUGAGGGUGAAAUGAGGAAAGACCAAGACAUGGCCAGCACUGCUCCGAAACUCUCGGACUUCCAAGAGUAA